AUGGCGAGUUCCCACGAACGCCUCGAGGACCUUCAGUCGGCCAGCUCGGCGUCCGCCUCGUCUCUCGGCACGUCGGGCGAGCUCAUCAGCUUGAGCGACGCUGAGAGUGCCGGUAAGCCCCACUCGCACCAUUCGGGACCACCCAAGGUGUUCGAUGUUGACCCCCCGCCUCCCGCUCCCGACUUUUACCACAGAUUACCCGCCGCGCUGGCGUCGGCGCCCACACUCGACGAGGAGGCAGAGAAGUCGGCCGAGAUGUCAUUCGAAGUGUCACAUGUCGAGCACGACCACCACAGCGCUCCCAACGACAGGCUCCCACGUAUUUCGUCAGGGCCGGCUUCGGCCUUCCCAGAGCUGCAUAUGGAGAUGGACGCCGAGACGCGCAGGUACAUCGUGCAGCAUGGCGCGCGGUCCGCCUUUGUUCCUGGUCACCGCGCCCCGCCUCCUACCCGCUCUUCAUCGCAUACUCCAGGACCUACACUUGUCGCUGUUGCAGGUGCCGAGUAUGAUUUUCCCCACGACUCGGAUGCUGUUUCAGCCACCGAGUUACCUCCCAUGCCGCUUCCCAGCCAGCGCCUGCCGUCGAUCCAGCUCGACGCUGAGGCGCUCGCGCGUGAGCAACGGGCUUACAUUAUCGAGCAGGGUGUGCGCUCUGGAUUCGACGUCAAAUCUGCCCUUCCCAUUCCCGACACCCACGUCACGAAGACCAGCCGCAGUACCUUCAACGCCCUCGAAAAAGGUGUGACGGAUGCAGAUGCACAGGAGGGCGAGAUCGAGAAGGAUGCCCCUGAUGCGUGUGAUGAGCCUGCUUCGGGUGACGUCGGUCACACGCUCGACGUCGGUCACACGCUCGACGUCGGUCACACGCUCGACGUCGGUCACACGCUCGACGUCGGUCACACGCUCGACGUCACGGCUGAAGAGGGACGCUAUCACAUGCCUUCCGCCUCAAAGCUUGAUCACAGAACUGCUCCACUCACUACCACCACCAACAUGAAUAUCGACGCGACACAGGCCCAGGCAGUCGACCACCAGCAUUUCCCCUUGACCAACAUCGAACCGGGUUCGACCGCUGACACGACUGAGCGCCUCGAGUCGGUUGAGGCCAAGGAUGUUGUGGCCGAGCGCGCUGGAGCCAACAAGCCCGUUGUACAUGUACACCCCGAUGAACCCCACCAACACUUUCAGCUCACGAACAUCGAGCCGGACCCGACAGCCGACAUGACGUGUCGCCUCGAGUCGGUCGAGGCCAAGGUGGUCGACGGACCCCAGCCUCGCGCGGCUACAACUCACACUGCCGCUCCUCCGCACCAGCACUUUGCCCUCACCAACGUCGAGCCUGGACCUACUUCCGACACGACGCGGCGCCUCGAGUCGGUCGAGGCCAAGCAGGUCGAAGGUACAAAGGACCACAAGCCUGUCAUCGUCACUCAUGUUGAACGCAAGCCCGAUCCUCUCGGCAUGGCCGAUGGCGAGGUUGAGGUUGACAUGACGUGCCAUCUCCAGGGCCUCGCUGUCGACCCUAUCCAUGCCAUCACCGGCGAAGAGACUCCCAAGGCCGUCGUCCAAGCCACCAAGAACCCGAUGGACAACCCGAUGGACAAGGACCUCACCGUGGCCAUCACCAAGACCCGUCCCGAGUCACCCAAUAUGUGGUGGGACGGCAACCUCCCCCGGCGCACUGCUAUCGCCACACUCCUAGGAUCCAUCGCGUAUGGAAUGUACAAGGCGUCUCUCGUGUGCCCUCAGCGCGAGGCACUCCACCUCGCUUGCGCGUGGUUUGCUGUUGCGGCUGUCAACUCGCUGCAGCCGGGCAAGAAGCUUGUCGGCGCCAAGAACUGGACCGAUCUUACGCUCGACACGAGCGCAAAGGUCCUGGCUGCCGCACUACUUGCCACGCUCUUCAAGUAG